AAACUAAACGAACGGUAAAACAAAACGCCAACGAAAACCAACAAACAAAAAACAAAAUCUAAGGAAGAGCGGAGGAGGAGGAGAAGGAGAAGGAGGAGGGAAAAGGCAGGCGAGGAUGCAAGCCCAAGCCUGAUCCGCACAAGAAGAAGCAGGAGUGUUCAAGCAGUUCCAGCAGCAGAACGCACGGCCACAUGAGCAGCACACGCAGCCGCAGCCCAAGCAGUAGAAGCAGCAGCAGCAGCAGUAGACACAACAGUAACAGCACGAGCACGAGCGAAUCGCCGUUGACUUAUGUAGCGGUACAUGGCGAGCAUCAAAAGUGAAAUGCCGCCACUGCAUGCGGCAGAGGCUCUGGCCUCAAGCAGCGCCACAGACAGCGGCGGCGGCGGAGGAGGAGGAGGAGGAACAGCAGCUGUCAGCGGCGGCAGUGGUGGUGCUGGGACAGGAGCAGCCGGCGGCGGUGUUAACAGUGCCCCGGCCACCCCAAAUGCCACAAUAAGCGCCGCAGCCGAUUCCAGUGAUAACCAGCCAGGCACACCGCAGCCACCACAGCAGCAACAACAGCAGCAGCAGCCGCAACAGCAACAGCAACAACAGCAGCAGCAGCCGCAACAGCAGCAGCAGCAGCAGAGCAUGGCCACGGAUCCACAGGUAACGGGCAUUACCCACCAGCCCUAUGCCACCCAUCACAUGUACUCCGCCAGCGGACAGCCCCAGCAGCAGCAGCAACAGCAGCAACAACAGCAACAGCAGCAGCAGCAGCAGCUGUACGGUGGCAUCUACGGCGGAGAAAUGCAACAGCAAAGCUACGCGAGCAGCUACAUCAACAGCUACGAGCAGUUCUACCAGCAGCAGCAACAGCAGCAGCAGCAGCAGAGCAGCGACUACAGCUUUGGGGGUAGCCUGGUGGGCGGCGGGGACUACAGCAAGCAUGCGGCACAGAGCUCAGGUGUCCGGUAUCAUCCGUACCUGCAGACGCCGACAUCGGCGCUACCCAGUGCCGCGGAGGAGGCAGUGAGCGCUCCCAGUGCCGUGAGCACCACCACAUCGGCGAUGAGUCCGCGCGUCGUCAGCAGCAGCAGUCCCACAUCGACCUCGUCGCACCUGCAGCUGGGCGGACCGCCCGGUUCCCCCAGCGGACCCGGUGGCGCCGGUGGUUGCAAGUUGCAGUGCAAAAAGUGCGGCAUCCUCACCACCAACGAACAGGAGCUGCAGGAGCACAUUGCCAACGUGCACGGAGAGUCGCCGUACGGGAGCAGCGGAUACGCCAGCUCGCCGUACAUCAAGGAGGAGAUGCCCACACCCCAGCCACCGGGCGGCUCCAAUCCCGGAGAGCUGCUCGAUCUCGACUCGCAGAAGAUGGUCUACCAUCAGCAGCUGCUGCAGCAACAGCAGCAGCAGCAGCAACACCACCAGCACGAGGCUGUCGUCGCCGGCCUGCCUCUGUCGCUGCCCGAUCCCCUCCACUCCAUGCAGUCCAUGCAGCAGCGCGCCCUACACAGCUGGGAACAGCCGCAGACGGGUAUCGGAGUCGGAGUGGGAGUGGGAGUGGGAGUCGAGGGCCUGCCUCCGUACAUGCAACAGCAGCCGGGCUUGGGCCUUGGCGUUGGCCUCGGCCUGGACAAGUCGCCGUAUUACUCGCCCAAGCAGUCGCCCUACCACCAGGCGGGCGGAGGAGUCGGCGUCGGAGCGACACUCAUCAAGCAGGAGUAUGGCGUGCACGGGCUGAUCAAGUCCGAGUAUCCCGACUCGCAGCACUACGUGGACAAGUCGUUCGAUCCGACGGCUGGCAGUGGCGGGGGAGUCGAUCUGUGCGCCAAUGUGGCCACCAGUCCGGCGGAGUUUCCCAGCACCACGACGGGCGGACCGGGCCAGGAUGGUGCGCCGCCAGCGGUGGCCGUUGGACAGCAGGCCGCCUACCGCGGCUUCGAGCCGCCCAGCUCCAGUUCGGUGCUGCCGGCCAACAGCCUCACGGCCAAGGCGGCCACCUGGAAGUCGAAUGAGGCGCGCAGACCCAAGACCUACAACUGCACGGCCUGCAACAAGUGGUUCACCAGCUCCGGACACCUGAAGCGCCACUACAACACGACGCUGCACAAGAACGCGGUGAAGUCGAGCGGCCAGCCGGAUCCGGCCACGCUGCCCAUUUCGGCGCACCAUCAUCCGUCGCGGGAUCCCGUAACGAAGCCCAGUCGGCGCGGCAAUGCCGCCGCUGCAGCUGCGGCCGCUGCAGCAGCUGCCGCGGCAGCAUCGGCGGUGCCCCAAGUGCAGCCACCGCCGCCGGCCAAUGUGCAACCGCCGGAACCGCCUAGAAGUCCGCCCGACUAUGGCGGCGGGGGCGGGGUGGGAGCGGUGGGCGGCGCUGCCAUGUCCCAGUACUCGGCCUCGCCAUCGCCCACCACGCAGCAGCAGCAGCAGCAGCAGCACCAUCAACACCAGCUCCAGCAGCAGCAGCAGCAGCAGCAGCAGGCCAACGGGAAUGGGUAUCCGGGCAACGGCGGCGCCAAUGGCUACGGCUACGGCAUGCAGCAACAAGUGCAAUCCACGACAAACGCUUCACCACAGCACGCUUCCAGCCAUCAGCAGCAGCAGCAGCAGCACCAUCUCCAGCAGCAGCAGCAGCAGCAGCAGCAUAGCAGCAGCAACAACAACAACUCCGUUUUGAACGGUCACCCAAACGGGCUAGCAGGUCCCUCCGCCCCUCUCAACACCAACAACAACAACAUCACACAAAUGCCGUCCUCCCAAAUGAGGGGCCUGCUGAACGAAACAACAACAACCACCAUCCCCAAAACCACACCAACAACAACAACAACAACAGCCACAAUGCCAAUGGAAACGGAAGCAAUGGCAGCUAUAAAGAUCGAGCAACUGGAGGACAGCAACCACACCCACAACAGCCACAACAGCCGCAGCAGCAGCAGCAGCAGCAACAGCAGCUUAAUGGCCAUGGAGGAGGAGCAGGAGCAGGAGCGGGAGCGGGCAGUAGAUCACCUACAGCAGCAGCAGCAGCAGCAGCAGCAGUUGGAGCAAUUGGAGCAGCAGGAACAGCAGCAGCAGGUCAGCUAUCUGCUGGCAUCCCGUCCCUACAGCUCCAACAGCAACAGCAGCAACACGCCCAACACGGCAGUCAGCAGCAGCAGCAGCAGCAACAGCAACAGCAGCAGACUCUCGCCCCUUACUAUCUACCAUCUUCAGCAGCAGCCGCCGCUGCGGCAGGAGCAGCAGCAGCAGCAGGCAAUGGAUUUCUCGCGCACCACCCCGCCGCCGCAGCCGCUGCCGCCUAUGGGAAUGGGCCAGCCGCAGCAGUCGCUGCUGCCGCCUAUGGGAAUGGACUACAACAUGCUGGCUUUGGAUAUGCCCAUGCCCAUGCACAUGCCCAUGCCCAGCAGUAUGCUGCAGUGCAGCAGCACCAGCACCACGCCGCUAGCUACUAUCACCACCACCAGUAUGGACACUAUGCAGCAGCAGCCGCAGCAGCUGGUGCACCACUACCAGGCGCUGCUCCACCCCCACCACCAGCAGCAGCAGCAUCAGCAGCAGCAGGAGGAGGAACAACAGCAGCAGCAGCAGCAGCAGCGGGAGGAGGAGGAGCAUCAUCGCCAGCACCUACAGCAGCAGCAGCAGCAGCAGCAGGAUCCGGGGGCACUAAUCCUGUCGCAGGACAAUAUGCCACACAGCAGCAGUUCGCCGGGCACCAGCAGCUCUCCGCCGCCGCAGCUGCAGCAGCAGCAGCAGCACACGGACACCCACACCCACACCCACACCACCCUCACCAUGCCCAUGCCCAUGCCGCCCACCAUGCACAUGCCCAUCACCACCACAGCGCAGCAGCUGCUGCCGCUGCAGCUGCAGCCGCCGCCGCCGCACAUCACCAGCACCAUGCCCAUGCCGCCCACCAUGCACAUGCCCAUCAUGCCGCCGCCGCCGCCAUGCUACCAGCAGCUGCAGCCGCUGGAUCCCACAACGAGCUAUCACACUAUUAUUGGUAGUUCCGCCGCAGCCGCAGCCGCUGCCGAGUCUGGCUACGCCACAAACGGGCAUCACCAUCCCCACAGUCAUGGCCACAGUCACGGCCACAGUCACGGCCAUCCCCACCAGAUCACGACCAGUGACGGUCAGAUUCUGCAGCUGAUGCCCGCCUCCCUGUUCGCACCCUAUGCCCCGCUCUCGCCGUACUCGACAGUGGCGGCCCAGCGGUCGCCACAGGAGGGAGACCUGCCGCCGGUGCACACCCUCACGACGGCCCUGCACGCCCACGCCCAGGCGCAGCAGGAGCAAGCGCACACGCCCACGCUGACGGUGCUCAGCACCCCCUACUCGCCCACGGUGAGCAGCUCGCGGGCCACGCCCGCCCUGGAGCUGGACAUGGCCAGCCUCCUGCAGCAGCAGCAACAGCAGCAGGAAUACGAACUCGAGCAGUACCAGCAGCAGAUGCAGCAGCAUCAGAUCGAUCAGCUCCAGCAGCAUCAUCACCACCAACAGCAGAUGGAGCAGCAGCAGCAGCAGCAGCAGGCACUGGAACAGCAGCAACAUCAGCAGCAGAUCCAACUGGUGCAGAUGGAACAGCAGCAGCAGCAGCAGCAGCAACAGCCGACGCAAACGGUGACACAGUCGGUGGCCAAGAAGCGAAGAGGAACGGCGGCGGCCGCCAGCGCCACACCAUCGACAACGAAGCGGCGACGCAACAGCAGCGUGGGAUCAACAUCGCCGCACUCGACAACGCUGCCAUCCGGGCGGAUCAAGUGUCUGGAGUGCGACAAGGAGUUCACCAAGAACUGCUACCUCACGCAGCACAACAAGAGCUUCCACUCCGGUGAGUACCCGUUCCGCUGCCAGAAGUGCGGCAAACGCUUCCAGAGCGAGGACGUUUACACGACACACCUGGGCCGGCAUCGCACCCAGGACAAGCCGCACAAGUGCGAGCUCUGUCCGAAGCAGUUCCAUCACAAGACCGAUCUGCGGCGCCACGUGGAGGCCAUUCACACGGGCCUCAAGCAGCACAUGUGCGACAUUUGCGAGAAGGGCUUCUGUCGCAAGGAUCACCUGCGCAAGCAUCUCGAGACCCACAAUCGACCCCGGGUUGUGGGCAAGAAGUCUGCUGCCGCCGCAGCAGCAGCCGCCGCUGUUGUGGCAGCCGCUGCAGCAGCAGCAGCAGCAGCGGCAUCCUCACAGUCGCAGUUGGUGACUACCGUUGCAUCCACCCUACCCGCCUCUGCCUCUGCCACGCCCACGCCACCUCCCACGGCCAUCAAUCCCAUUAAGGCGGCAUUUGCCCGCUCUCUGACGGUGACGGCCGUGGCGGCAUUGUCGCCCCGAAGCACUCCCAAUCACUCCAAUCCCCAUCUGAAUCACAGUCUCAGUCUCAAUCUGAAGCGAUCCAUCGACGAUGUGGCCGCCGACGAUGACAGCCUGCUGGAGGACGAUGAGGAUGAGGAGGAGGGGGAGGAGGAGGAGGAGCUGCUGCUGGACGAGGCUGAGGAGGAUCGGAUGGUAGAGCAAAUGGAGGCUCAGCAAAUUCUGUUGGUCUCAGCCGCCACAGGGGAAGGCCACCACAUGCUGAUCAAGGACGAGUUUCCCGACGAGGAGUUUGUGCUGAUUGAGAAAGAUAUUGAAUUGUAUUGAAAGGUCCGGGAUCAAAGACUAGGAAUCAGCCGUCGUGCCAUCAGGGACUAGGGUCCGAUCGGAUUUGUGGGCUGAUUAAGUUGUGAAAUGCUCUGGGCUUUGUGGCGACAGUUUGAGCCGCACUGCAGUUGAGGGCUAGCCUAGCGAUUGACGUGGACACUGCUUCCCAGUGGAGGGAGUGAUUACCGUUCAAAGCAGUCGCCAUACAGCUGCACUGCCGACCAAGCAAGCAGUCCCAGUCCAGUUCCCGCUUUGGGGGACCUACAGUUUUAGUGCCACUGCACAAUUUCACAUUUUAACAUGAUUUUGUGCUUAAAAUGUCAUUUAAUUCGCGCACCGAUUUUGCUUUUGGUUUUGACAAAUUAAGAAAACACAUUUUAUUGCCUGGCAGGCAAUAAUUUGAUGUUUUUUAAAAUGUAUUUUUGUUUUUUUUUUUUAUAAUUUUGAUACUGAUCACUAAGGCCGCAGCAUUUCAAUGACUGGUUGGCUGCCACUCCUUUGGCCAUGCCAACCCCCCAUUAAACAACGCUCCAGAACUCCACAAUUCAUUCCUGUAAUUAGAGAUUGCCAUAUAUAUAGUGAAGAGAGUGUCUGUCUCUCCAUCUUCAGGGAGAAACGCAAAGAACGAACAGAACGAAAUGCAGAGAAAAGCAAGAGAAUUCCUAAUUGUUGUAGCAGCAAAUUAUUUAAUUUUACUCGUAUGUUAAAUGUUGUAUUAUUAUUUGUACUCUACGCCCUACGGCCUACUUUUUAAUUUGUAGUUUUAAACAACUCUUAAUUUGUAUGUGAAAUGAUA